AGGCCCCAAGCUCUCUGCUCUCUCUCUCUAUUAGGAAGUUGAAUAUCGAUGGGAUGGGGGAGGAGAGAAACAUGGUGCCGAUGAUGAAUCCCACCCACAGUCCCUCUCAUCAGCAGUCUGAUGGAUUCAGCAACGAGGAAGAUGAAUCGCUUAACGAUGUUUAUUUACAGGAACAACAAGUUUUGUAAAGAUGAUUCAAAUUACAAGACAGGACACCAUCAGGACCACCAUGAGCCGAGGAGGUUGAGUUUGACAUCUCUCGUGUCGUCGUCGUCGGUGAAGCCUCCCUCCUCUCCCACUAGGAGAACCAUUGAUCUUGGCCAUGGAAGCGACCUCAUCUACAUUCAGAGGUUUCUUCCCUUUCAAAAGUCUUGGACUUUCUUUGAUUAUCUCGACAAGCAUAUUCCUUGGACCAGGCCCACCAUUCGUGUCUUUGGUCGUUCUUGCCUCCAGCCGAGAGAUACAUGUUAUGUUGCAAGUAGCGCACUGACCCCGCUCAUCUACAGUGGAUAUCGACCUGAUGCCUAUUCCUGGGAUGAUUUUCCACCUCUCAAGGAGAUCCUAGAUGCUAUUUGCGAAGCCCUUCCUGGAAGCAGAUUCAACAGCUUGCUUUUGAAUAGGUACAAAGGUGCCAAUGACUAUGUUGGUUGGCAUUCAGAUGAUGAAAAGCUUUACGGUCCUACCCCUGAAAUUGCUUCCCUCUCUUUUGGAUGCGAACGUGACUUUGUGCUCAAGAAAAAGAAACUUCAAGAAGACUCUUCUCAUGAGAAAAGAGGAGAUGAUGGACCAGCGAAGAAGAGGUUAAAGAAAAGCAGCAGAGGAGAGGAUCAACAGAGUUUCACAUUGAAGCAUGGAUCAUUGCUGGUGAUGAGGGGAUACACGCAAAGGGACUGGAUUCAUUCUGUGCCGAAGCGUGCAAAGGCAGAGGGCACUCGUAUCAACCUCACCUUCAGGCUUGUUUUGUAAAACCAAGCUUCAUCUUUCUCCAGUCACAUCUUAGUAGUUCUUUCACAUGAUGAGAUAUAAACACAAGCUGGUGUAAGACAUUUUAAGAAGCUAAUUACUAAACUUAACGUGACAAGAUUAAUUAA